AUGCAAGAGACUAACCUGCCGGUCACAGAGGUGACCCAGGCGGGAGAAACUAUGACAGAAGUAGGAAAUAGUAAUAAACGGGCUCGUCAGUCAGCAAGAGAAGAAGUGACCGAGGAGAGGUCAUGGACUAGAUCUUGGAGAGACACAGUGGCAGACUCACCUAUCUUUACCGGAAUGUUUCAUAGUUCGGCAAGAAUUGAAGAAGAAAACUUCGAAUCGGAUGAUGAAGAGGAGAUCGAGGAUGACGAAAAUGAAAACAUACCUUCGACAGCAGUUUGGGUCCAUGUUCCGGGACUCCCCAUAGAAUAUUUCGACGAAGGCAUUCUUGUCAACAUUGGAAAAAUCGUGGGUACCCCUCUAAAAGUUGACUAUCGAACAGCAUGGAUGACAAGAGGAAAAUUUGUUAGAAUUUGCGUGGAAGUUGACUUAAACAAACCAUUACUUUCUCAGAUAAGAAUAGGAAACACGAUCUUUAACAUCGAGUAUGAGGGACUACACUUAAUAUGUUUCAUGUGCGGAAUGGUGGGUCAUAAAUCGGAUGCCUGCCCUAUCAAACACUUCGAAAACCCCCAAACAGAAAAGGAAAAAGUUAUGCAACAAGCCUCAGAACCAAAAGAAGCCCAAGAAGAAGAAUUACACAAGGAACAAGAGCGAGAAGAAAAAAACAGUAAAGAAGGGAGAUAUGAACCAUGGAUGAUGGUCCAAAGGCGCCAAAAAGAAACACGCGGAAGUAACAGGAAGGAAUACAACAUUAAUCAAACAGACCAUAAAGGAAACCGCUUUCAAGCGUUAGGAGAAAGAGACGAUAACGAAAAUAUCAGAGGGGAGGAAAAAAUGGAAAAUGACAAGGGAACAGAGGAAGAACAAUUCCUUAACAAUAAUCAACCCAGGACAGAAGAAAAAUCUCAAUAUAGCAAAGUAGCGGCGGAAAAAGACAAAGGGAAAAAGAAAAUCUCUGAUAACAAAAAAAAUGGGAAGCAAGGAUUCGUCUCAGGGGAGCAAAAAAAAGCUGUAACAAUACAGAAAGUAAGUCCAGGAGAAAACAGAAUCACUACAGGAGGGGACGAACAUACCAACGUGAAAGUCGCUGGAACAAACUACAGAAAUAAGACUACAAAUAAUCAGGAAAGCAGCAGGAUAAUUAGUCACGAAGACAACCAGUUAAUGGAGGGAAUAAGCUUUGAAACCCAAAGUCACGCGAUAAAGGAAAAUGAAGGAAAACCGAAUCAACAAAAUAGGCAGACACCAAGUGUUGAAAAAAAUGAUAUGACUAGUCAAAUGAUAACAGAUGGAGAGGAGCCUGAUCUACAGGAGAUGGCACUUAUAAAAAGUUAUUCCUAUGAAGAUGAUAAGUUGGAAUUGCAGGGGUGUGGGUAA